AUGGACAUCGGGGGUCUAGAGACAAUGGUGGCCAACACGGCCUACGUGGCUGCCCGCGGGGACACCGGGAUGACCUCUGGCCGGGACCGGAGGAUGCGGGCCAGGCUGAAGCUGCCACACAUCACCCAGUGUGAGCACCUCAAGGACUCCUUGGACCUGGACUUCCACUACAUCUGCGUGAGGCAGCCAAUCGGCAAGAAGCUCUUCCUAGAGUUCCUCGAGGAGACAAACGAGUUUAGGGCGGUGGGCAGCCUGUGGUUGGACAUGGAGGCUUACGGCUUGGUCGACGCGUCCGAGAGGCCCCAAAACGCCCAGCAGAGCAUCAACAAAUACUUUGACUCGGCCUCCAAGGAGUUCUGUUCCUUCCUGGAGGAGAAGGCCAUCAUGAGGGUGAAGGAAGACGCCAAGCAUGGACACGCUGACCUCUUCAAGGAGUCUGAGCAACACUUGCUGAAGUUCCUGGAGGAGAACGCCUUCGCCAAGUACAAGGAGAGUCUCCACUUUUCCCGCUUCCUCCAGUUCAAGUGGCUGGAGUCCCAGAGCGUGACGGAGGAGUGGUUCCUGGAGUUCCGGGUCCUGGGGAAAGGGGGCUUUGGGGAGGUGUGCGCCUGUCAGAUGCGGGCCACGGGCAAGAUGUACGCCAACAAGCGCCUCAGCAAGAAGCGGCUCAAGAAGCGGCAGGGCUACGAGGGGGCGAUUAUGGAGCAGAGGAUCUUGGCCAAGGUACACAGCCGCUUCAUCGUCACGUUGGCCUACGCCUUCCAGACCAAGCACGACCUCUGCCUCGUCAUGACGUUGAUGAACGGCGGAGACCUGAGGUACCACAUGUAUAACGUCGAUGAGAAUAACCCCGGCUUCGAGGAACCCCGGGCGGUCUUCUACACGGCCCAGAUUAUCUGCGGCCUGGAGCAUCUUCACCAAAACCGCAUCAUCUACCGAGACCUCAAGCCAGAGAACGUCUUGCUGGAUGAUGCAGGGCAUGUUCGCAUUUCAGAUUUAGGCUUGGCAACCGAAAUACCAGAGGGGCAAGAGAAGACCAAAGGAUUUGCAGGCACACCAGGAUUUACGGCUCCAGAGCUCCUGAAAGGGGAGGAUUAUGAUUUCAGCGUGGAUUACUUCACUUUGGGUGUAACUCUGUUUGAAAUGAUUGCAGCAAAAGGAGCGUUCCGGAGCAGGGGGGAGAAGGUCGAGAACAAGGAGGUGACCCGCCGCAUCCUGCAUGAACCUGUGGUGUACAAUGAAAAGUUCAGUCCCGAGUGCAAGUCCUGCUGCGAGGGGCUGAUGGCAAAGGACCCUGCCAACCGCCUCGGCUUCAAAAACAACAACAGUUCUGAAGUUAAGAACCACCCGAAAAAAAACCAAAAAAUGAACUGGAACCGACUGGAGGCAGGCCUGCUGGACCCGCCCUUUGUCCCGGACCCCAAGGUGGUCUACGCCAAGGACAUCAGCGACGUGGGCGCCUUCUCCACGGUGAAGGGCGUCAUGCUGGACGACACAGACAAGUUGUUUUACGACGAAUUCUCCUCGGGGAACGUCCCCAUCCCCUGGCAGGAGGAGAUGAUCGAAAUGGGCAUCUACGAGGAGCUGAAUCUCUGGGGGCCCAAAGGCUCCGUCCCCGAGGACCUGAACCGCAACAACAUUCCCGGCGCCCCCAAGUCGGGGACUUGCAGUGUCUGCUGA